CAACUAACUGAUGACGAAAAGUUUACUGCUGAUAUAAAAGCUCAGUUGCAGCACAUUUGUAGCGUCUUUCUUCUGCGAUUAAAAGCGGUUGAUAUUUCUAGUCUAAUCGAGCAGAAACUCCUCCCCUGUGUUGUUCACCACGUGGAACACCUACUGACUCUUACAAACGCAUUCUUCGGAUCAAUUAUCCCCUCUGAUGGAGAUGAGGAACCUCUUAAACCACCUCUAGCUGAUGACGUGGUUCUUCAACGUCUUUUCUCCGCUGACCACCUCCAUCCAGCCUUGCAGUCACGUCAAGCAGAGUCACUCUAUCUACAGGGCAUUGUUCGCCAAUUGCUGCCCUACCUUCUUAUACCCCCAGGCCUAAUGAACAGGAAACCUGGGGCAAGGAAACCCUCGGCUUGGAAUGGAACUCUUCAGGCAAUUAACCUAAUCGACCAGGCAUUUUCAUCGGCUCUGUUCCAUCACCAAAAACCGGAUCAGUCUUCUAUGAAGAAUAAUCAACCAUCAGAUCAUAAAUCUGAGUGA